AUGGUUUCUUACAUAAAAUCAUUUUACCAUCACUGGUUUCCAAACACUUCCGAAGAGGAAACAGACUUGGACCAAUUUUUAGCAGAACAAUUGGUAGAAUUGGAAAUAGAUGAGCAAGAGACUAACGAAGAUGUAAUUUCCAGUACACCUAAAAUUCCUAGAAGUGCUGCAUGUUACCAAAGAACAGGUGUAAUAACAUACAUGGGAGAAAAUUAUAUCCUCAUUGAUGGAAUGAUAUCUUUUGAUACUUCAGCAUGUGGUUUGAAUUUACAAGUAAUGGACAAGGUGUUGUAUCUCUGCUACAAAGAUGCAAAUGAUACUAUAAUCAUAGUCAGAAUUCUAGAAAGCCUAGGUACAUUUUGGGGUGAUGAAGAAGAAGCUGUUGAUGAAAGCAGCUAUAAUGUUAUUGAGCAUGUGUUUGUCGGUGAAGUUGACAACAGAGAGGAUCGUGCUGUUUUUAUAAAAAACACCAAUUUGAAAUUUGAUCUUGAUCAUGUAACUGGAACAUUUAUUCCAAUACCAGGCGACUGGCUCGAGUUAUUAUGUAAAGUUAAAUUUGACGAUGACAAACCAAUGGAUAUAACUUUUGAUUUGGUAGUUGAAGUGUUAUCCUUUAAGCCAGUAAGAAGUAAAGUUAAGUCAGCAUUGAUAACUGGUUGGACAGGAGACGUUGGCGUUUGUGAUAAACAAAUUUUCUUUGAGAAAUGUUGUAUAGUUAAUAGUGUUCAGCCAACUGUUGGAUCCAAGGUUCUUAUUGAAGCCAUUGAAAGCAAUCAAGGUAGCUGUUCAUGGAGAGUAAUAAAAAUGCAUAUAACUGAAACUAUGAUGAUUUCGGAAUCAGUUUCCGAAAAUUCAAAACCCGUACUCGCUGUAGAUGAUAUAGAAGAAAAGAGUUUUGAAGUAGAAAGGAAAAAGAAUAUUGAAGUCACUUUUCCAUUAAAAUUUGAUAAUGUGACAUUCCAACAGAAUCCAUCCAUUACUUUAAAUAUAACAAACAAUAGUGAUGAACAAAUUGUGGUUAAUAAAUGGAUUAUGCUUUGCAAGAAAAGGGAUUCUCAAAUUAAUAUCAGUCCAUUUUUAACAAGACCAAAAAAGAUAGGUCCUGGGCAGUCUUGUAGUUUCACAAUAAUCUGUCAACCUAAAUUUUAUGGUCAAUGUAAAGAACAUUUGAUAAUAUUGUUUAGGGGAUUUCAAGUGGAAAGAAUAAUAGAAAUAAAUGUACUCAGCAAUAACAACUUAGGAGUUACUACGAGUGCAGAUGGUGUUCGAAAAACUGAAUCCGAAAAAAUUAACAUGUUAAAAAGAAUUAAGAAAGAAGACAAUAAAUCAUUUGUUCCGGGAGUGAAAAAGACAAGGGCUCCUAAUUUCGUCGCUGUAAGGCUUGGAAUGUUUCCUGUUCCAGACAAAGUUUGGAAUGCAGUCUUAGGCGAUUCAAAUGAGACUAUCCAUCACGUCGAUUAUAGCAAAAUUAUAUCAAGAAUAGAAACGUAUUUGCCUUGUUUAAUACAAACUUUAAAUAUCAAUAACUACAUGGAUAGAUGGCAUACACUCAUAUAUAUGGAAGAGAUUCAAGUGACUGUUGACAUGAGAAGUUAUGACCUAUCUAAAGCAUUCUUAAUACGAUGCCAAGAGUACCUUGGAAUUGAAAUAAAUGGAUUGGCUGAAAAGAGGCCGUCACUGAUUGCAGGGGAUAAAGUUAUGGUAAAAGACAUAUGGGAUAGUAAUAAACCCUUGUAUGAAGGGUUUGUUCAUUUAAUCAAAGGAGACUUAGUCCUAAUAAAGUUUCAUCCGCGUUUUCACGAAUCUUAUUCAGGAAGUGAUGUGUCCAUUCAAUUUCAUUUUAAUCGAUCUGUAUUUAGAAGAGCUCACCAAGCUGUUAAUCUAGCAAUUUCUAAUUUAGGUGUGGAUAUUUUAUUUCCAAACCGUAUUAAGUUACGCAAUCCUCAACUACCAAGUGAUAAAGUGGAAUCAAUUGAAUGGUAUAAUAAAGAUUUGAAUAGUGGUCAAAAGGCAGCGAUAAAAAAUAUAUUAUUGGGAGAAUGUCGGCCAAUGCCUUAUUGCAUCUAUGGACCACCGGGUACUGGUAAAACUAUGACCGUUGUAGAAACUAUACUACAAAUACUUACCCUUAUGCCUGAUAGUCGAAUUUUAGUGGCUACGCCUUCAAAUAGUGCAGCGAAUUUACUUACAGAGAGAUUAUUGAAGUACAAAAAAUUAUUUUCAAAUUCUGUUGUAAGAUUGAUUGCUAAUUAUUUAGUUGAUAACGAAAAUAUCCCAGAUAUUAUAAAACCCUAUUGUGCCACGAUAAACAUAAGUAAAGAGGAUACAAUCAAAUCAAACCACACAGUGAAGGAUAGUAUUAAUCUCGAUGUUGCCGCGUCAUACGUCGCUAGGUAUCGGGUCUCCAUCGGAACAUGUUAUUGCCUCGGGUCAUUAGCUCAGUUAGGACUACCCAAAGGACACUUUACACACGUCAUCGUAGAUGAAGCAGGACAGGCCUUAGAACCGGAAAUAAUGAUACCUUUGACGUUUGCUGACAAAGAUAAUGGACAAAUCGUUCUUGCUGGUGACCCAAUGCAGCUUGGGCCUGUAGUUUCUUCAAAAUACUGUGCAGAGUUUGGAUAUGACGAAUCAUACAUGUCAAGAAUUCUGGAAACAUUUCCAUAUCAAAGGGACUAUAAUGCCUUUGUGAAUGGUUUCAAUGAGAAAUUAGUUACUAGACUUUCAGAGAACUACAGGUCGCUAGAAGAAGUUAUAACAUUACCAAGCAAGAUGUUUUACGAUGGUUCAUUAGUUCCGAGACUACCAAGAAAUAUGCCCUGGAUUGAGCAUAUGUUAAAUGUAGUUUCGGAAGUGUUUGAAUCUACUAAUGAACCAAAGACUGGAGGUAUAUUUGUUCACGGCGUUAAGGGCUGUAAUACAAGAGCGGAAGAUAGUCCUUCGUGGUUUAAUCCUCAGGAAGCCUCGAUGGUAGCCUUGACUGCAUGUAAACUGUUUAAGAAAAAUAUAUCCCCGGAUGAGAUUGGUAUUAUUACGCCUUAUAUAGCACAGAUCAAGUAUAUUCGUCUUCUAUUCGACGCAAUGGGACUGCCGCGACCAAAAAUUGGCACGGUUGAAGAAUUUCAAGGACAAGAAAAGCCUCUCAUAAUUAUAUCGACAGUUAGGACGACGGAAGCAUAUGUUAUUAUAGACCAAAAACAUGCUUUAGGAUUUGUUAAAAACCCUAAGAGGCUAAAUGUUGCCCUAACAAGAGCUCAAGUUGCAACACUGCUGUUCUGUGACCCACACUUGCUUUUAAGUGACCCCUUGUGGCAGCAAGUCAUAAACCAUGCUAUUAAAAGCGACAAAUAUAUGGGAUGUGAUUUACUUUUUACACACAAUAGCCAAUACAAUGAUAUAAUUAAAGAAUAA